GUUGCCGGGCCGUGUGCCUGUGUAUAUACGUAUAUGUGUUCUUUCUUUCUCUUUCUUUUUUUGUAUGAGCGCGCGGCGUCAGGUAGGAAGGGCACUGCUGAAGCGCUCCCAUUUCCCAGGGUUGCGGGGGAGAGCGAAACGGGCCAAGAGAGCCGCACUCCUUGCGCCGGCGGUCGCUGAGGUGUACCUGGUUGUCACGAUGAGCCACCUGCGCGCCGUGACUGCGCCCAGCGAAUGGGGCGAGGGCGUCAGGGAUUUAGGCUCCCAGCAGCAGAGGCUGGAAGAGAGCCUUCUGUUGGGACAGGAGGCGGCGGCAGCAAGUCGUGGCAGCGCCUUCCCCUCAGCCUGGCUGGGCGUCUGCUGCCCGGGCCGCGUCCCCUCGUCCCCCAGGUACCUGCUCUCAGGAGCGGCUGAGGGGGAUGAAGAAGACGAGGACGACGACGAGGAAGAGGAGGAGCUUUUGGAGGCAGGCGCAGCCGAGCACUGUGGCAGCGGCAGCUUCGGCGCAGCGGGAAAACUGUGCUCGCUACAGCAGCACUGUCACCACCAGACUGGCGGCGUCGCCUGCGAGGCGCAGUCGCAGCAGCGGCCCCGCGCGCCCUGUCCCGGCGUCGGAGGUCUGCACCGCCAGGGCUCUCAGGUGAGCGGCGUGCAGAAGCAGAGGCGCCUGGCGGCUAACGCCCGCGAACGGCGGAGGAUGCACGGGCUCAACCACGCCUUCGACCAGCUGCGCAAUGUCAUCCCCUCCUUCAACAACGACAAGAAGCUCUCCAAGUACGAGACGCUGCAGAUGGCGCAGAUCUACAUCAGCGCCUUGGCCGAGCUGCUGCACAGCCCGGCGCCCUCCGACAGCGCCCCCUGCGGCAAGGGCGCUUUUCAGCCCGCCGGUCAGGCGUAUGAGCGCGCGCCUUGCACCCCGCCUGGAGGGGGCGCUCUGCAGCAGCAGCCAAGAUCGCAGCCCUCCGGACACAGCCGGACGCGCUUUCCCCAAGAGCAACCGGCGGGGGGCGGAGGAGGGGGCUUCUCGGUGCAACUGGACCCGCUGCAUUUCCCCUCCUUCACGGAAAGCGCCCUGUUGGGACAGAAAGCCCCCUCACCGGCCCAGCUUAUGCAGCCAUCAGGCCAGCCUCAGCAGGAGAGGAGGAAACCCUCCCCGCCGGCCCAUCGCAGCGAUGGGGAGUUCUCGCCCCGGUCCCAUUACAGUGACUCCGAUGAGGCCAGCUAGGCACGCCUUCGGGCAGAACACCGGCAGGGAGGGAGAGACCGAAUGUUGGGGGUCUUUCGUAGGUGGGAAUUGGGCGCAAGCACUUUAUAAGCUGCCUGGAAUAUGGAGGAGAGGGAGAGGCGCGGCUGCAAAAGGAAAGCGACUAACUGCCAAUUGGAUGAUUAUACCAAUGUUGAACCCAGCCAUGUCUAUAAUCGUCACUGAUAAACUCACUUGCAAAAUAAAAGGGGGGGGAGAGAGGGGGGAAAUCUACAAUGUUUGUUUGUUGUGUCAAACGUUUAUGUCUGUUUCAUUUUGCUUUUGUGAUGCUUUAGGGACAGGAUGGUUAUUUAUUAUUAUUGAAUGUUUGCUGCUGGUUCUGUUUUAUCUUCUUUUUUAAAAAAGAACUUUUUACACGAUCAGUUUAUUUUUAGCAAAGCCAACUGCCAUUGUUUAUGUACCGUUUUUUAGAGAGAGA